AUGGGCGCCAACACUUGUUCGCGCCUCCACAGCCAAUCCAACUCGGCUCCGCAUCCUGCUUCCAACACCUGCCACCACCUGCAUCUCUUGAGCGCACCUCACACCAUGUCGGCACCCACGCUGCCAGGCGCACAAGCAGGCCCCUCUUCGCAGCCUGCUGUCGCUUCCGUACCAGCAGUGCCUGCCUCCCAGCGCGCACGCGAGAUCCAAGAUGCGCUCAAAGCCAUCGUCCUCCAGACCGCCUCCACGCUGCGCGCACGCAAUCAGCAAGCUCGCCUGCCCACCUCGGUCGCCUCCUCCUCGGUGCCCGCAGCUACAACCAUCAGCGAGUCGUCGGUGAACCUCGAGCAGCUCACGGGCGAGUGCACGCGCUACCUCUCGCUCGUGCACGGUCUGCGCGACUAUCUGCUUCACGCUCAGGCUGCGCUCGAGAUCGAGCUCGAGGCGGCAACCCAGCGCGAGGCACAGGAAGCAAAGAUCGCCGCAGAGGCGGCAGCUGAGGCACUCAAGCGUCAACAGGAAGCCGUGGCAGAGGCGGAAAAGAAGGCGAAAGAAGAGGCACAGACCAAGGCGGAACAGGAUGCUCAGGCCGGUGCAGAUGCAAGCGAAGACGCAAAGAUCGAAGAGGCCGGGGAAGAUGCAGACAAGAAGGACGGGGAUGCGGAUGACUCGAUGGUAGCAACGCCGCCGUUGCCGCCAGCGAAGGGGACGGAUGCGGCUGCAGAUACGGCAAUAACAGGAAAGACGGGAGAGGCGGCAAAGGAUGCGAUCGUGAUCGACAGCGAUGGGGACGAUGACGAAGACGAUGUGCCGCUCGCAUUCGCUCCCAAGCCAGGCGCCGCCAUUGACCUUACCGACUCGCCCGCCCUGGCCAAUGCCCCAAAACCUUCCACAUCCGCACCCGACGCUGCUUCCACCUCGACCGCGCCUGCAGAAGCCGCCACGGCGUCCGCACCAGCCGACGCGGCAACCCUUCCGGCUACUGUACCCAACACCGUAGCAGGCAUCGACCUAUCCGCGCUGGGCAUCAACCUAUCCUCCCUCAACAGCCUUCCCGACCUAUCAUCGCUGGGCAUUCCUGCUCUUGGCGCUUCCUCCUCGGGUGAUGCGGCCGCGCUCGCGCCCGCAACCGACUUUUCCGAGCUGGAAAAGAUGAUGGGCAUGGGGUUUUCCACCACCACUUCUUCGGCGCAAGACGCCUCGACUACCGCACCGGAUCUCUCCUCGCUGGGCAACUUCAACCUCGGCAGCACCGGGUUCGGCGAAGACACCGACAUGUUUGGCGCGGGCACUGGUGGGAUCGAUCUGAGCAACUUUGACUUUUCCAGCCUCACCGCCGGCACCACCGACGCUGCAGCAGGAGACGCCGGUGUAGACCUCAGCUCGUUCCUCACCAACUUCAACCCCGCCCAGCUGGAUGGCGCAGCGAAUCAGCACGAUUCGGGGACGUAA